AUUGUAAAAGUAAAAUGAGAAAAAUAAAGAAAAGCUCUCUAGUCUCUAAGUUCCAACGAAUAUUCCAAAAAUAAUUCCUCCAAAACGGACUUGCUCUAUUUCUUCUUUAAAGGCCAACCCCUUUCUUUAUAUAGCUUCUGCGACAUUCCUUUGCUUGUUCAUCAAUCUUCAACCACAAGCCAAAAAAAAAAAAAAAAAAAAACAGAGAGAGAGAGAGAGAAGAACAAAACAAAAGAAAAAAGAAAUAAUACUUUAGCUUAUUGAAAUGGCGGGCUUCGUUCGGACGAAACGAGUCACCGAUCCACUAGACGCCCGAGUCAGAGAUCGACUCGUCGGGAGAGAGAGCUCGGAACUCGGUUACGCCAGCAGCGGCAGCGAACACUCUGCCACCGAUGAUUGGCCGUGUCUCUCCGAGCUCGUUCACGGUUUCUUAGAGGAGGACGACUCGGAGACUCGGUCUCCGGAGAGCGACUCCGACUUGGACCGGGUUGACUCGGUCUCCGAACGAGCCGACUCGACGGAAAGCAUACUCAGAUCGAGUGCAGCAUCUAGCAAUGCGGAUGCGUACAAGAGACGCCUCCUCGCUCACGUCACCGAAGCGACGGAGUUGUUGUCUCACCUGAGAUCUAACAAAGCAAAGUUCAGAAGAAGCGUGAUGUCGUACCUGAGGGAAUCGGGGCACAAUGGCGCGAUCUGCAAGACGAGGUGGGACUCCUCCGGUGGACUAACCACCGGAAACUACGAGUUCAUAGACGCCGUCGUCGAACCGACCGGCACAUCGGUGCAGAGCCGCCGAUACUUCGUGGACCUGGACUUCGCCGCCGAGUUCGAGAUCGCAAGGCCAUCGGUGCAUUACUCGAAGCUCUUGGAGUCUCUGCCGAGAGUCUUUGUCGGCAGCGGAGACGAGCUGAAGAGGAUCGUGAGAGCAAUGUGCGAAGCCGCCAAGAGAUCCCUCAAGAUCACGGACCUCUCAAUACCUCCAUGGAGGAAGAAUCGCUACAUGCAGAACAAAUGGUUCGGUCCGUACCGCCGGACGACGAAUCUCGUCCCUGAAAACUCGUCUCCGGCGGCGAUCUCACCUCCCUCAGCCGUUAAAUGCCGUUGGGUUGGGUUCAACGACGCCGUCCCCGACUCUAACGUCAACGGCAGUCCAUUUGUCCGUAUAAGAUGAUAAGGAUGCGAUCAUGAAAUCUUGAUUUGAUUAGAUUAAAAAAAUAGGAUAAUUUAAUCAGGAUUUGUCCUUUAAUUUAUUUGUUUGUUUUCUUGUGGGGAGGAGCGAUGUAACGCGGCAAAUGCACAUUGUGUACAUUGCGGCGCACUAUACGAGCCAAUCACGAGUUUUGGAAUGAUAUUUUCUUUGGGACAAAACGAGUUUUGAUAGAUCUGUACCGUCGAUGAGCUAUACUGCUGUGUACGGUAAUAGAUCGGAUGGUUGUAAGAUGAAGAACAUGGACACAUCCGCUAAUGACAAAUUUGUUUGGUAGGA